ACAAUUUUGAAAUACAUUUGAUUGGUUGAUAAUAUAGAAUGUAUAUCCUGUUCCUCAUGUCAGUUUGCAUCUGUUAUAAGAUUUGUUUGCCUAUGGUGAAUUUGAAUCAGUUAUAUUUAUUUGAACAGGUUAUGUGUUUCUUAACAGAAGAAAAACAUGCCAUCAACAAAGAAAAAUCAGUAUGAUUCUAAUUGGGAUUCUGGAUCAGAAUCUGAUAAUCGAUCAGGAUCGUCUAGAUCAAGUCGUAGCGGUACACCUAACUCUAAUAAUGCAAAUUCUACACGUGAUAGAAAUUCAGAUAAUGAAAAUGAGGCACGAUCAGUGGGUUCUGAUAUUAGUGAAAGAUCUUCUAAACAAAAUUCUAAAAGUCCAUCUCCAGUUAGAUCAGAUUCUAGACAUUCAAGUAUUGGGUCUACACAUAGUCAGAAAUCUGGUUCUCAAAGAUCUAGAUCUGGUAGUCCAAAAUCAGUUAUAUCAAAUAAUAAUGAUUCACAAAGAUCUCAAUCACGUUCUCCAAAAGAAAGAAUAUCUGAAAGUCCAAUAUCUCCAAAAGUAACGAAAUCUGAUUUUGCAAGAAAUGAACCAAUAAAAUCUGAACAAAAAUCAGAAAGCCCAGAAGAAAACAAAGAUGAUAAUGAAUCUGAAAAAUCCUUGAAGACAGGAGGUAGUAUAAAAUCAAAUGAUGAUGGAGAAUCAAGUCCAAUACAUAAAGAAAACAAUAGUGGUUUUACUUCAGAAGCAGAUGAUAAAACAAAAAGAAUAAAACCAUUAAUAGAUUCUGAUUCAGAAAGUGAACCAAGAGAUAAGCAAACUUUAGCACCAACAGCAGAUGCUCUUUUUGGAGAUGCUAGUGAUAUCAGCACAGAUGAUGAAAAAGACAAAGAAGAAGAGAAAAGAGAGAAGAGUUAUAGCAAAAGUAGAAGUAGAAGCAGAAGUAGAAGUAGAAGCAGGAGCAGGAGCAGAAGCAGAAGUAAAAGCAGAAGUCGAAGUAGAAGUAGAAGUAGAAGUAGAAGUAGAAGUCAAGGUAGAUCUGAUAGUGGUGGUGAAGGUGCUAAUCAAGCUGUGAUUGAAGAUGACAUGGAUAAAGAAAAAGAAGAAGAACCAGAACCUCCUCCAGAAACAAGAAUUGAUGUAGAAAUUCCAAAAAUCACUACAGAUUUAGGUCGUGAAAUACAUUUUGUAAAACUCCCAAAUUUUCUUUCAGUAGAAACGCGACCUUUUGAUACGGAAACGUAUGAAGAUGAAAUAGAUGAGGAAGAAACUUUAGAUGAAGAAGGUCGAGCAAGAUUGAAGUUAAAAGUUGAAAAUACUCUUCGUUGGAAAGAAACCUUUGAUGAUCAGGGAAAAGUUAUUAAAGAAAGUAAUGCUAGAUUUGUAAAAUGGUCUGAUGGCAGCAUGUCUCUACAUCUAGGUUCUGAAAUUUUUGAUGUAUAUAAACAGCCACUUCAAGGAGAUCAUAAUCAUCUUUAUAUUCGACAAGGAACUGGUCUUCAAGGUCAAGCAGUAUUUAGAACUAAAUUGACAUUCCGUCCACAUUCUACAGAAUCUUUCACUCACAGAAAGAUGACAAUGUCUUUGGCUGAUAGGUCACAAAAAACUUCUGGUAUAAAAGUAUUAUCACAAGUAGGAACUAAUCCAGAUCAAAAUAGAUAUGAAAUGAUUAAGAAAGAAGAAGAAAAAUUGCGCAUGGCAAUGCGAGUUCAAAGUAAAACAAAAAAGAGUACUGCAAGUAGAGGAACUACUGGAAGAUCUGUUGGUGGAUAUGGUGGUGAUACUUACCAUGAUGAUGGUUCAGAUGAUGAAGGAGCUAUUUCUCUUGCAGCAAUUAAGAAUAAAUAUAAAAAAGGAAUGAAUAUUCCAGUUAAAGCAUCGAAUAUAUAUUCAUCAGAUGAAGAAGGUUCAGAUUUUGAAACUUUAAGACCAAAAAAAAAUAUUAAAGGAAAGGUUCUAAAAGAUUCAGAUGAAGAAUCAAAUUCUGGAAGUGCUUCGGGAAGUGGAAGAGAUGAUAAUCAAGGUGAUAAUGCCAGUGAUUAAAUCAUUAUUUUAGUAAAGUAUAAAUAAAUAAACAUUUCUUUUGACAUAAUAAAACUAAUUGUAUAGAUAAAACAAUCAUCUUUUCUUCACAUAUAAUAUAAUAAAAUCACUUUUUAACAAAAAUAUUUUACUUCAGACGAAAAAUAAGAUUAUUUAGAAUAUUUUUUUUUUUUUAAUAUUAGUGCUAUAACUUUUAAAAAUGUUAAAAUUUAUUACAUACUGAAAAGAUUGAUAGGAGUCCUUUAGAAGUUAGGAUUAGUUAAGAUUAGUGAUAUCAUCUCUUUAAGAAAUGAUAAAAUCUUUAUUCUUUAAAUUAUAUUAAACUAUAUGAUAAAAUGUGAUCAUAUUUUAUGUUAUUUAACACAGCUAAGUGAUUGAUAAAUUCUAUCUAAUAUGUAAAAUAUGUAUAAAAAUAUACAGAUUCCUUAUAACAUAAAAAUUAAUUUAUAAAUUAAUUUAUAUAAAAUAAUAAAAUAUAUCUAAUUUAAUAUAUUUUAUAAUAUAUGUGUGAUAUAUUAGAAAAAAAUUCAUAUUUAUAUAAAAUGUACAUGACAUAUAAAUAUAAAAAUAAACAUGUAAGAUGAUACAUAUAAAAAUAUAAUGUAAAAAUUAAAUAGA